AUGAGUCAGCACGUUUUCCCCCCGAACUCUUUCCAUGUCCCCAAACUCGAUCCCUCCAAAUUGGCCACAUUCACUGCCGUAUCUUACUCACAACGUUUGGGCCCUAGAUAUUCCUGCCAUACAAAGGACCCGGUACCUACACCGCACAGUCUCGGAAGCAGCUAGCGAGGAUGACAUUCCAGUCAAGAAGGUCACGGUUUACACUGGACCAUGUCCUGACGUCGAAAUACGAACGAUAACAGAAAAAUCUCAUCCAGCCUUUGGACAGAAGGGACUGUAUGCUAAAAAGAGAAUAUCGCCGUUUUCCUUCCUCUUAGACUAUCGAGGGACUAUCCAAUCUUCGAGUAAUGUCUCGCUACAAAGUGACUACACACUACUUUUUGAUGGCGACCUCACUAUUGAUGCACAGAAUUCGGGGAACGAAGCCCGCUUCAUUAAUGACUUUCAUAAGAUCUCUUCACGUCCAAAUGCCGCGUUUGACACAUAUCGUGAUGCGACCACUGGAGAAGUCAGAGUCGGUGUAUGGGCUCUGAAUCAAUGUAUAGAGCCUGGUCAGAGAUUCUGGUCCCAUAUGGUGCGAAUUUGGAACAAAGGGGGAAAGGAGUGGGAUGAUGCGUGGGAUGAGGGAGAGCAAGACUGGGUUGUGGAGAAUGGUGAAGAUACCCUGGACUAAGGUCUUGAUCUAAAUGUUUAACUUAUUACUGUAUCUGUACAUUUGUUCGGGUGCUGCCUGAUUGUACAAUCGGAAAACAGCUGCUUGCUAGUUGUUAGAUUUGGACGCUGGCUGGAGGAGUGUCUGGAAUGGAGGACGUUUCUGCAUACAUUAAAUAGAUUAUUCAUACAGCCAGUUAGCAAGAUUAUUGAAGACGA